CUGCAGAGCGGAGCUGCUUUGAUUCACUUCAAAAGAAGAAAGUUUGAAUUUCUGCCGCCUGUUGGAGCGACAGCAGCUGGAAACAUCUGUCCGCUGUGUGUGUGAGUGUGUCUGUCUGUCCGUCUGUGUGUGUGUGUGUGUGUGUGUGUGUGUGUGUGUGUGUGAGAGAGAGAGACAGAGUGUGUGUGUGUGUGUGUGGCUGUGAUUUGAAACGUCUGGCUCUGUGCUCGGGUCUUCAGGAGGAGCUGCGGUCCGAUGCAGGCAGGUGAUGGACGUCAACGAUCCUCCAGGGCGGCGCUGCAGAAGAAGAGCUCCUCCUUCUCGCUGCUGUCUCCUGACGGCUGGUCCCUCAGAGGGAAGAAGAGGAAGCAGGCCAGCAGAGAUGCAGACUCGCUCAGCCUCUGCAGCCUCGACAUCAACGAGCCCAGCACCAAGCGCAGUAAGCCCGUGUCCAGGGUGACGUCUCUGGCCAACUUGCUGCCGCCCGUCAAGACCGCCCCGCUGAAGAGGAUCAGUCAGACUUUGCAGCGCUCCAUCAGCUUCAGGAAUGACAGCCGCACAGAGAGAGCCACUCCUCUUCCUCCCCCUCACUUCUCCUCCUCCUCCUCCACCAUGAAGACUCGCGUCAUCUCCGCGACCGUCUCCAGCCCCUCGUCCUCCAUGACGGCGCCGCGGGUCUCCACGGCGACGACCUCGGCCUCCAAACGGCGCGACAGCAAGCUGUGGAGCGAGACGUUCGACGUGCGGCUGGGAGCGACGCAGCCGCUCAGCCCCAAGGAGAUAAAACGACAAGAGGCGAUAUUUGAGUUGGCUCAGGGGGAGCAAGAUCUGGUAGAGGACCUCAAGUUGGCCAAAAAGGCGUACCAUGACCCCAUGCUGAAGCUGUCCAUUAUGACGGAGCAGGAGCUGAACCAGAUCUUUGGCACUCUGGACUCACUGAUACCGCUGCAUGAAGAUCUGCUGAGUCGACUGCGAGACGCCAGAAAACCUGACGGGUCCACCGAACAUGUGGGUCACAUCUUAACCGACUGGCUGCCCUGCCUCUCCUCCUACACCCCGUACUGCAGCAACCAGGUGAAAGCCAAAGCUCUGCUGGACCAGAAGAAGCAGGACCGGCGGGUCCAGGACUUCCUGCAGAGGUGCAUCCAGUCGCCCUUCAGCAGGAAGUUGGGCCUGUGGAACUUCCUGGACAUCCCCCGCAGCCGGCUGGUCAAAUACCCGCUGCUGCUCAGGGAGAUCUUGAAGCACACGCCCAACGACCACCAGGACAGGCAGCACCUGGACGAGGCGAUGCUGAUGGUUCAGAGCCUGGUGGCUGACAUCAACCGGCGGACGGGAGAAUCGGAGUGUCAGUACUACAAGGACCGUCUGCUGUACGCCGAGGACGGACAGAGGGACGAGCUGAUCGAGCGAUCCAGGACGCUGAGCUGCCACGGAGAGCUGAAGAACAACAGAGGACUGAAACUGCACGUGUUUCUGUUCCAGGACGUGCUGGUCAUCACCAGGUCCGUCUCGCUCAACGACCAGCCAGUCAGCUACCAGCUCUGCCGACAGCCGAUCCCCAUCCGGCAGCUGGACCUGGAGGACCUAUUGGACGGCGAGAUGAGAGUGGGCGGGUCCAUCAGAGGAGCCUUCAGCAACAAUGAGCGAACCAAGAACUUCUUCCGGGUUUCGCUGCGUGGCGCGGCUCCGAUGCAGAGCCACUACUUCCAGGCCAGCGACGCCUUCAACAAGCAGCAGUGGAUCAACUGCAUCCGACAGGCCCGAGAGGCGGCGGCGCUGAGCAGUGGACCCCCCGGCGACGCCGGGCUCACUUCCACGGGCCACUCUGGGCUGGAAGGAGCAAAAGUGACGUGGAGGGCGAUGGAGACGGCUUUGGAUGGAGAGGCGGGGCUUAACGGCGAGAGGGAGGAGCCGGAGGAGAGGUUUGAAGGAGAGGAGGUGGACGGAGGGUUGGGGGUGGAGAUUUCAGAGGUGGACGGAGGGUCGGGGGUGGAGAGUGAGACGAGGCCAGACGUCAGCCAGGUGAAGACGGGUGUGCAGGUGGAGGCGGGACUUAGCUCUGACGGACAGGAUGGCGCCACCGCCGAGUGGAAGACGGCUGAAGAGGAGGAGACGCUCAGCAGAGGCAGCCAUGACGCCUCCGCCUCCUCGAACUCCAUGGAGGAGGUGAUGGAGGAGGAGGAGGAGGAGGAGGAAGGCAUGGACACUGGAGACGGGGACGUGCUGAGCCACAGGUGCUGA